CAACAACUCAAAUAUAUCCAUCAUGAGUGUAAAGCAAAUCAGGACUGACUACUCGGAGUCUGUGUCUGAAACUAUCGGCUCAUGCGACGAGGAUCCAACCCCGCUGAGGCCCUCGUAUUUCCUCGCUUUCCCCCGAGAGAUCCGCUACAUCAUCUACAGCUAUGUCUUCUCAGUCUCUUCCAGUCAGCUCGAGCUGAUUCACGUCGCUAUUGAGAAAAAUCCAUCCGGUCCCCGAUUACAUAUGGGUCCCGGACACGAUAAUAAACCUCCAGUCAAGCUCCAAUACACACUAACGCCAGGAAUACAACUCCCCGUCGCACUUCUUCGAGCAAACAGCCAGAUUUACCGCGAAGCACUUCCAGUCCUCUAUUCCGGGAUAAUUUUCACCUUUCGGUCAAAUCCCGCGUCGUUGACCUACCUUUUCGAUCGUCUUUCUGACCACGCGCGACACAGCGUUCGAUACUUACAGCUGCGCCCGGUUCCUCUGUUCGUGGAUAGAGUUAAACCUCUUGGUGAGCAGUUAUCUUGGGCUGUGUUGUGUGCACAGAUUGCUCGUCUACCGGCGCUUAGGAGAGUGAGUGUUUUAUACCCAUCUACAAAGGACCUAGAAUCAAAGACGGUUGAGUUUCACUAUCAGCGCUACGGGAAGUGGCUUGCCUUAAUCAAGGUGGGAAAGGAGCCCGUGUUCGAAAAGGAAAAUUGCUCUCAAUCAGAGAUAGAAAGAUUUCAUAGUCGAUUUCUGGAUAUUGUCAAGCCUCCUGCCCAAGAUGCAGCCGGAUCAGAGGACUCGAAAUGGACGUAA